CCAGGUUUCAGGGCCUCCCUCUGGCCGGUCCACAGACACCCCGAUACUGGAAAUAGAAUCUAGUCCUCACCUCAUCGUCUGUAAGUGUGAGGAGGGAGGGAGAUUGUGGAUUCGGUGCCUGUGACUCAGCAGCCGGAGGGCUAUGGAGUCCCAGCCCUGGUGCCUGACCCAGCCUUCCCCUCCCCCCGCAGACCAGGAGAUGGUGAGUGACUGCACCCCGAAACGGGACCGGAAGUGCCAGUGCAAGACCGGGGAGUUCUACUGCGACUCUGAGCACUGCCUGGAGGGCUGCCACCCCUGCACCAGCUGUCCCGGCGCCACCCUCCAGACCUGCAACGCCACGAGGGACACCGUGUGCGCCCCAGCAGCCCAGCCAGAGCCAGGACCCCCAGCCGGUUCCCUGGCUGUCAGCGCCUUGGCUGUGUCUGUGGUUGCCAUUGUCAUCGCCAUCACCAUCGCCAUCGCCGUCGCCUGGUGGGGAAGACGAGCCACCAAGAGGCUGAUUGUGAACUCGGACAUGAGGUCCCGGGACAGGACGGGAAGAACCUUAUGACGUCAGUCGGGCUGGAAGAAAAUGGCUUCGAGAUGCGAGACCACGGAAGCUCCGGAUCCCGCGGCCCCGCGUGGUAGUGAGAUGGUGAGCAGCCGGAAGGCCCCGCUGGGGAGGGAGCGAGCCGUUCCCGCUCCUGGCGGCCUCCACACCACGGACUAUCCCAGACCUAUUGGUCAGAGGAAACCUCUCAGGUCGGCCCUGGCCAGUGUCGCUCAGUGGACAGAGCAUCAGCCUGC